CGUGGCGCCUGUCAUGGCGGCCCCCGUGGCGGCCGGUGGCGGGAUGGUGACUCGGCGGCUGCUGCUGGGGGCGGCCGGGGGGCUGCGGCUCCGCCCGGCGCGGGGCUUCCGCACGGCAGGGGUGUUCCAGGCGGAAGGCGAGAGCUGCACAGCGGAGCCCGCGGGCGACGUAGUGAACGUGGUUUUCAUUGACCGUUCCGGGCGCCGGAUCCCCGUGCAGGGGCGCGUGGGGGAGGACGUGCUGCGCCUGGCCCAGAGGCACGACAUCGAACUGGAAGGCGCCUGCGAAGCCUCCCUGGCUUGCUCCACCUGCCACGUCUACGUGAGCCAGGAGUUGCUGGACAAGCUGCCUGUCCCUGACGAAAGGGAGGAAGACAUGCUGGACCUGGCCCCACAGCUGCAGGAGAACUCCCGGCUCGGCUGUCAGAUCAUCCUCACCAAAGAGCUGGAGGGGGCAGAGUUCACCCUGCCCAAAAUCACCAGGAACUUCUACGUGGAUGGCCAUGUUCCCAAGCCCCACUGAAGGCUGGAGGAGUCUCUGGGCUGCCCGCGGCUCUGGGGCUGGGCCUUAUAGAGCCCAAAGCAAGGGGGGCUGGUCGGAGAAGGCUCCCCCAGGGGCCUGCUGGUGACAUGGAGAGGUGGGGGGAGGGGUUGUUUAUUAGGCCUAAGAUGAAGCGCUGAACUUCCUGCAGGCCUUGGAGGGUGAGAGGAGGAAGAUGGCAGCAGCAAAGAUGCUAGACUAACCCCCCCACACACCAAAAAUCCAUCCCAGCUCUGCCACCCCCUCCCCAGCACCUGUGCUCACAGCCCCAGAGGCGACGUGGGACGGAGGAGGAGAGGGGGCCGUACAACAGCCCUACCUGUUGUGUCCAGGGAACGGGUGUUUAUUGGUGUUGGUUAACAAACCCCACAGCCCAUCUGGGGGAGAGGAAGUGGGGGGACUCUGCCUUCUCCCUGCCUGGCGGUCGGUGCCUCAUGGCAUGUUUUAAUGUACAUUGGGGCCUUGGUGCGUUCCCUGUGUCACUUGCCGGGGACGGCAGGGACCGAAGCCGCAUGUUCUCUGGGCUGGUCACAGUCGCUCAGCCUGUGUCACGCUGGAACCUCAGGAUCGGGGCCACAUUCGGUUAUUAAAGCUCACGUUUGUACAACACGCGGCUGCUCUCUUCCCCGGCCCCCGCACCGGGACUGUCUGCAGGGGCACUGCAGGGAGCAGAGAGCCGCUCGCGCUCCAGCUGGAGCCAAGCACUAGUUACAGCCGGCCGGAGGGUCAGUGGUACAAGAUUUACCCCUCGCUGGUGCCAGCACUGCAGGCUGAGGGGCAGAACCCAAACCCUUCUGCAGCCCACCAUGGAGCACGGGAGGGGGCUGAACAUCAGCCAGGGAAGGCGAGGGGGUUACCAGAUUACACACGCUCCUAGCAGGUGUCUUCCCACGACACACAGGAGCCGGCUGGGCUGAGCCCCAGGACAGCUGGCUGCUGCGCUUCUCCCCUGGAAUCGGUGCUAGACUGAGUGGGGUGCUUAGGGGGAGCCCCAGCAUCCUGGGGGCUGGAUCCCAUUGAAAGCCAGGAACCAGCUUUGCCAGCCAAAUGCCUGUCCAGGUGCUGACUAUUCUACCUUUCUGCAAA